UGUAAAUUACUUUUGGGAAUAAUAGAUGUACCAGACUUAUUUUAUAGAAGCACCAAUUCCUAACGGAAUUUGACGUUCUUGGGCUCGUUUUGAAGCUAAUAAUAGAGAUGUUAAUAAAUUUACCCAUUCAUAAUUUUAAAAUAUUAGCCUAAAGACCAGUCAUAAACCGGUUAAAACCAAUGCAGACCAAAACCAGUCUAUAGACUGCAAAAAGACCACAGACUGCGGUUUUUUGCGGUCCGGUCUGGUCUUUUGACUUCUGGGGAAAAGGCAGACCGGUUACGGUUACGGUUAAUGCCCCUGGGCAUCAAAAAACCGGACCGAAUUGGACUUUCAAACACUAGGUGGAGGUGCUGUGCACAACAGCAAGUGAUGGACGCGGAUGGCACCAACCGCUGGAAGAGAGCAGGCGCAAGGGAGAUGUUAAAUUGGGCAUACUUCCGUCAGGUUGUUCAGAGCUGA